AUGGAACCAGGCGACCUUAACAGCGAUGCUCUGCCGGCCUCACCGCUACCGCCCACGACCGACGCAGGCACGCGUCUAUCACGAGCUCACAGGGCGAAGGUUUGCAAGGGUCUGUUGAUGUCUAGGCUCAAGGUAAUUGAGGCUAUGGAAGACAGACUGGACAAGAUCGCCAAAUACUCGUUCAAGCUUUUAAACGAGCGCGACGAGCUGGCUACAAUGCUCGCCAACGAGAAGGAGGAAGCUGUCCGUCUCGCAACGGUGCUUGGGGUGUCUGUGCGUGAAACCGGCUACGUGGUGUCGUACGGCGUAAUGCUGCAACAGUGUUUCGAGGCUCUACUCGAGCAAGACUAG